GUAGUACCGGAGAGCGCGGUGGCGUGUGGCUGUCAGUUCAGAUGAACACGCGUGUGGACGAGGCCGACCUGUGCCCCGCUAGGAGACACUCUGUCCGGGGGCAAAGUGUAGGCUACACCCCGGGGCUCGUAUCCAUCUUCAGCGGUGCGCCUCAGAGCUUUAUCCGGGAGACAGUGAGUUGUCACGGGUCUGGAGCGGUCCGGACGGGCGGCAUGUAGCGUGACUGCCUGCUUCUCAUAACCUCCUCCUCUUCCUGCACUAAUCCCCCUGACAGUUACGCCAUGGGUGGGAGUCUGGGCUGCCACCGCUCCAUCCCCAGGGAUCCCACAGACUUCAGCUCAGGCAAGCGCAAAUACAGCGCCGUAUGCAACUUCAGCCACAUCAUGGUGAACCAAGAACGCCUCAACAUCAACACGGCCACAGAAGAAGAGCUCAUGACCUUACCAGGAGUCAACCGCCUCGUAGCUCAAAACAUUGUUGAAUACCGGGACUGUAUAGGCGGCUUCAAGAAAGUGGAAGACUUGGCUUUGGUUAGCGGGGUUGGCGCUACCAAACUUGAAGCUAUUAAACUUGAAAUUUGCGUGUCAAGCCGGACAAGUUCAUCACAACAUUCACCAUCUUCAAUCCGAAAAGACUUUGACUAUCAAUCAUGCAAUGGGAUCAAUAUCAACACAGCUACACCGGCGCAACUUAUGAGCAUCAAAGGCAUCACGGAAAAAAUCGCAAAGAACAUUAUCGCUUUUCGAACGGAGAGCGGUCCAUUUAAAACUAUUGAAGAUCUCGUAAGGGUCGACAAUAUCAACAGCUCGCUACUGGAUAAAAUCCGCUCACAGGUUUAUGUUCAGCGAUCCCGGGCGGCGUCCACGAACACGAAUGGCGGGCUUACGUACACUACAAAGUCUCACCCAAGUCCAACAUCUUUCAGCCUGAAAAGCGAUGACCUAGAGCUACCACCGGGAGGACCCACCCAGAUCCCAUCGUUCAGGCCCAAAGUGGAGCCUCCGUCCCGGGUGAGGGAGGGCAAGCCUUUGGUGCGAGUGGCUACAUGGAGUCUGCAGGCGUGCUCCAGUGACAAGGCCAACAACCCCGGGGUCAGGGAGGUGGUGUGCAUGACUCUGCUGGAGAACGACAUCAAGUUACUGGCUGUCCAGGACCUGUUGGACCGGGAUGCACUGGAUAAGUUCUGUGUAGAGCUGAACCAGGCGAGUCUGCCCAGUGUGCGCCAAUGGAAGAGUCCCCGUGGGCUGUGGAAGUGUGUGGUGUCAGACAGAGCUACAGGACCCUCCUCCAAGGGGAGGAGUUUCUGUGGGUUCAUGUGGGACAGCUCCUCUGGGAUAGACCUGAAGGAAGCUACCAUUUUGGAGUCUGCGGUCGUCAACGGCAACAGCGGGAACCAUGGCCAGCUGGGACUCUACAAGGCCCUGUUCACUGUGGGGUCCUAUGAGCUCAAGCUGGUAAAUGUGCACAUGCAGACGACUCAUGCAGAGAAUGGAACAAAUGGCACCAACGGGAAGAAUGGACACUGUGAUGAAAACAAACACCACCGACUGUCCCCUGGCAUCCUGGAGACUCUCAAAGCUGAGAAGGAGCUGGUGGUGUUGGGUGACUUCGGAUGCCCCCCUCAGGCCUCAGAGCUGGACAUUCUGAGGAAGGAGAAGUUCUGCCCUCUGGUGGCCUCCUCGCAGUACACCAACAUCAGCACACGCUCUCCACAGGGAACACGCUCCCUGGACAACAUCUGGAUCAGCAAGGCCUUGAAGAAGAUCUACACCGGUCAGUGUACGGUGGUGCGUGAGGGUAUGACCAAUCCCUGGAUCCCUGAUAACUGGUCCUGGGGGGGCGUGGCUUCUGACCACUGUCCCAUUGUGGCCGAGCUCUACUUGGACCUUCCCUUCAAAGAGCUGCCCCGCCCCGGAGUCACUGUGGACCGAGGGGAGGAACUAUCCAAACACGAGCGAUGACAUCACAAACACUGGACGCCGACAUGACUGCUGCUUGUUAGUGAAUGUGAAUGAGGUUGUGUAUUUAGAGAUGGUUGUGGUAAGUUAUAGAGCCAUAUUUGAAGAGACUGUAAAAUAUAAUGUAAUACUAAAACGGACGAUAUGAAGAGAAAUGUGCCAAACAUUUUCUAAAGAUAUGAAUAAAUAAAUAUACUUGCUUUGA